CCUUUUGAGGACAAAGAAUUAAUAUUCGAUACGCUAAAUAUGUCAAAUUGGUUUAAUGUUGCUAUCGAACAAGAAUACAUUACAUUAUUUGAGUAUGAUUCUUUUCAGAAUUGGGAAGAAAUAGGUAGAGGAGGGUCUGGCACUGUAUAUAGUGCUUAUUCAAGAGAUAUUGAAAAGACUAUAGCUUUAAAGAGUUUAUAUCGCGAUGAUAAUGAUUCGUUGAACAUCUUUAUCAAAGAAUUAGAGGAUAGUUUUCCUAUGACACUUAAUACG